AUGUCCGUCCCCAAAGGAAAGGAGCAGAAAUGUGUGGGUUGCAAAGGUAUACUACUUAAGGACAAACAAAUAACCUGCUUUCUUUGCAAGUCGAAAUACGAUUUACUCUGCGCAAAUAUAACUGUUGACCGCUUCAAACUUAUGGAUGUCGAACAUAAACGUAUAUGGCGGUGCCCAGAAUGUCGCAGUAAACAGCCGAAGGCAGAUAACACGAAUACUCCUAUACGUGCCGUGACUUCACCCGCCUCCGAAACCUUGGUCGACUUUGUAACACAGCCAGAUUCAGAAACGUCUUAUAUUACACAUCGUCGGAAGCCGACGAGUGACGUUCCCGCACCCCUUGUCGUACUAGACCCAGGACUAAGCAAGUCAGACCAAGUACCCUAUCCUGAUCAAGAAAUAGGUCUAUUCUGGAAUGAAUUGCGUGCAGCCCGCUAUGAGAUGAGUCAGCUUAGAGACACGCUUCUGGAAGUAACCGCUACAAUGAAAACAAAUAGUGAACGUCUGGAUCUGUUGGAGGCUAGGAUUGACGGUUUAGAAAGCACGAUCGCAGUGCAAGACCGAUCGAAUAUGGAUAUCUUAGAGAGCCAAAUUACUCAACUUAAACAAGAUCUUCAAGAUCGGGAGCAGGAGCUAUUGUCAAAUGAUAUAGAAAUUGCGGGUGUGCCGGAAACCGCGGGAGAAGGUGUCGUUCACAUAGCGCUUGCUGUGGCUACUAAGCUGGGAGUCGAAUUGGAUGACCGCGACAUUGUAAGUGCGGCGCGCGUUGGCCCGCCGCGGGCAAUCGUCGAAGGCGCGCCAGCUCCGAAACCGCGUAGCAUUGCGGUGCGGCUAACUCGCCGUACGUGCCGCGAUGCGCUGUUGAAAGCAGCUAGGGUAAGACGUGGAGUCACUACCACCGAUAUGGGCAUUGCUGGGAAGCCAUGUAAAUUUUAUGUUAAUGAGAGACUCACAAAAUUAAACCGCCAGAUAUUCCAAAGGGCUCGGGAGCUCGCGGCACAUGCUAAGUGGAGAUUUGUAUGGACCCGCGACGGUAAAAUCUUCGCCAGGAAAGACAAUGGAUCCAAGCGUCAUAGAUUUAGCUCCGAAACAGACCUGAUGAGUGUUUUUGGUGGUGCUGUGGUUUGCACUGACGACGUUUAG